UGCUCCAAAGAAAAACAAAAAUAUACAUUUAACGCCCGAGUUAUUAUAAUAUCAAUACUUGGCAAUGUUAAAUAUUUAAAUUGGUUUGCACAAAUAGGACGACAUUGUUGACGUCGACCGGUCUAUUUGAUGAUAGAAAAAAAAAACGUCACGAGUGAAAUAUAUGUGCAUUUACCGAAAAUACAUAGCAUUUUGUGUGUGACACCAGCACAAUUAUGACCAUUAUGUAACAUGCCAAUUUAAUAUCCAGCUAAACGACAACAUUGAUUCUGAUUAGCUUGCCGCCAACACCAACUGCAAGGCAAGCAAGUGGGCAAUAUGGAUGCCAUCGUCUUCCUGACGGCAGCUGCCCAUCUCUUCUAUACACCCUUCACAAAGGUCGAGGAGAGCUUCAAUUUGCAGGCUAUGCAUGAUAUUUUAUAUUUGCGCAACAAUUUCACGGCUUAUGAUCAUCAUGAGUAUCCAGGCGUUGUGCCUCGCACAUUUAUUGGCCCGUUAAUUAUAUCGAUAUUGUCAGCUCCGUUUGUGCUGCUCUUCGAGGCGAUGAGCAUGAAUAAAUUCUGGGCACAAUAUGUAGUUCGGCUUGUUUUGGCUGGUGCCAUUUCGGUUGCCUGGACUAAUUUGCGCCAGGCGGUAACAAAGAUCUUUGAUGCUGAAGUGCGUCUUUGGUUUACGGCCAUAACCAUAACACAAUUUCAUUUCAUUUUCUAUAUGACGCGCCCCUUGCCCAACAUCUUUGCAUUGCCACUGGUACUUUAUGCCAUUACAUAUUGGAUGCGUGGCCAAGCGAAGCCCUUCAUCAUCUGCUCAGCGAUAUCCAUAAUUGUGUUUCGGUCCGAGUUGGCACUUUUCUUGGGCUUGUUUCUUGCACUGGACCUGUUCCAACAAAAGCUAUCAAUUGAUGGUCUGCUGAAAAUUGCUUUGCCCGCUGGUGUGUGCAUAUUGCUGGGCACUGUUUUGGUGGACUCGUUCUUUUGGCGUCGCCUUCUGUGGCCCGAGGGUGAAGUGUUGUGGUACAACACCAUACUCAACAAGAGCUCCAACUGGGGCACAUCACCAUUCCUGUGGUACUUUUACUCGGCGCUGCCGCGUGCCAUGGGCCUCUCAUUGGUAUUUGUGCCUAUUGGCAUUUACCUUGAGCGGCGUGUUCGGUCGUUGGCCCUAUCGGCAUUGUUAUUCGUACUCUUGUAUUCAGUGCUGCCACAUAAAGAGAUGCGCUUCAUAAUCUAUGUAUUUCCGGUUCUCAACAUUGCAGCGGCCUGCGCCUGUCAACGCAUGUGGAUGAACAGUGCCAAAUCUGCUUGGCAUAGUUUUCUGGCGCUCAUUGCUGCUUCACAUUUGCUGGUCAAUGUGAUCAUAACCAUUUUCUUGCUUGUUGUUUCCGGCACAAACUAUCCGGGUGGCGUAGCGCUUUCACGUUUGCAUCGACUGGAGCCGGGAACUGCCAAUGUUUCUGUGCACAUUGCCAAUUUGGCUGCUCAGAGCGGUGUAUCGCGUUUCAUGGAAAUAAAAAGCAAUUGGAUUUACAGCAAGGAUGAGACUAUGAACUAUACUCAAGCACAGAUCGCCAGCUACAGUCACUUGUUGGUGGAAGCGAAGAGCAAACACAACACGGAACUGUGGGCAACGCUGCAGGAAGAUUUUGAGACGAUGGAAUAUGUAGACUGCUUCAACAGCAUCGGCAUACAAUACAACUCCAUAUUGCCGGUGCGCAUCAAGACUAAGCCGUGCAUUGGUAUACUUAAAAAACGAUUGCGUGCUGGAAAGGCACCUCUCCAUGAAGAAGAAAAGGUAUCUAAGGAAAAUACCUCAAAAGAAAAUGCAAAAAUGAAACGCAAGAAACAAAAACCCGAAACAGAUAAAAUAAAGCCAGUGGUGGAUAUCCCUCUGGAGACCUUAGAGCCUGACGAAUCUGUCAAAGAUGGCCACAGUGAUGUAAAGCUAAAUGAUAUCUCUGAACAGGAUCCCAUUUUGAAGAAUGAAACGGAGGUGGAGCAAGGUGGCGACGACGACGAUGGAGUAGUAAACACUGUAGAGGAAAUGUCAGGGGAACUCAAUGCUGAUGGAGUUGAAGCAGCUAAGGAAAUCAACUUUCAGGAACUACGCAAUCUUGCCCUGGAACAUACAACGCGUACAUCCCGUGUCGCUACUAAACUGAAAAUACGGAAAAUUAUUGAACAACACUACAGAGCCAAGGGACGACACAUUGAAAACGAUUCCACUGAGCAGCAUAGGACGUCAGAGACGCGCACUGGGCUUCGUCAGUCGGUAAAAUCGAUUAUCAAGCAAGAGAAGAUUAAGGAGAUGAUAGAGCAGAUCGCUACAAUGGAUCUGACACGCAUCUGCGACCUAGAGAAGACAUCGACGAAAGACUGCUUGAAGCAAGUCAUAGACAAAAUAGACGAUGAGAGCACAAAAACGAAAUGACAAAUGUUUAAAAGUCGUGUCUCAUAUAAAUUAUAAUUUACAAAUUGUUAAUAAAAUUGUUUCCAAAGUCGAA